GACCAGGACCAUCGCCAAUGCAACGACACCUUUCAUAACACGAAGCCAGCCCCACCACCAACUUUGCUCGAGAUAUCGACUGUCCAGCUUGACCUGGCACCGCACAAUGGCCACCGCACAACCCGAAUGGCGCGCACCGCAGAAAAGUGUCGAGCAGGGUGGGCUCCCUCAACUGGUCAUCUACAACUCCCUCACGAGAAAGAAGGACCCUUUCGUGCCCAUUUCAGGCACCAAGGUUGGCUGGUAUGCUUGUGGGCCUACCGUCUACGAUGAUGCGCAUUUGGGACAUGCGAGAAACUACGUCUCGAACGAUAUCAUCAGGAGGAUCCUGUCAGACUACUUCAAAUUUGACGUCAACUUUGUUAUGAACAUCACGGAUGUAGAUGACAAGAUCAUCUUGGAGGGACGAAAGCGGUAUCUGCUGGAUCAGUUCCUGGCAAAGCACGAGGCCGUGGACGAGGAGGUGCGGAGUACUACACGAGAGGCGUAUGAAGCGUACGUAGCCAAGCAGCUGCCGCUAUUGGGGGAGAGCAAGCCAGAGACAUUCGCCCAGGAUGAGAAGAAGGCUUAUGGACACGUGCUGAGUGGGAAAGCGGUGGAGGGCAAUGGACCGCCAGGAGAUAAAGAAGCGAAGGUCAAGAUGCACUUGGACACAGUACGGUCAGCUGCGGAAGUUCUGGCUUUGCCAUCAGACCAGAUUCCGGCUCUAGACGUGUGGGCAGCGAAAGCGUCGGGAGUGCUCAAGCCAUAUCUGGAUAGCAAGUACUCCCACACCAUCGACGGCCGGAAACAACACGAUGUCUUCACAAAGCUCACAAAGCUGUACGAGCAGCGUUUCUUUGAGGACAUGGAACGGCUGAAUGUACGAUCGCCGGACAAGCUUGUGCGCGUGACAGAAUAUGGGCAGAAGAUUGUGGACUUCGUCAAGCAGAUACAGGACAAUGGGUAUGCUUACGAACACGAAGGAUCGGUGUACUACGACACGACAGCGUGGGAAAAGAGUGGGGGUGUAUACGCGAGACUACAGCCAUGGAACAGAAACGACCAAGAGCUGCAAGCGGAUGGGGAAGGCUCACUCGCUACGAAUACGACCAACUUCAAGAAGGCCAGCUCAGAUUUCGCGCUUUGGAAGGGCUCGAAGCCGGGCGAACCAGUCUGGGAAUCGCCUUGGGGUGAAGGCCGACCUGGCUGGCACAUAGAGUGCUCGGCCAUGGCCUCUGAUAUCCUAGGAAAGCAGAUGGACAUACACUCCGGCGGCAUCGAUCUUGCUUUCCCACAUCACGACAACGAGCUGGCACAAUCAGAAGCAUUCCACCACAAGUGCGGCGCAGAGAGUGAGCAGUGGGUGAACUACUUUCUGCACAUGGGGCAUUUGCACAUCUCAGGCAGCAAGAUGAGCAAGAGUCUGAAGAAUUUCACGACGAUCAAGACUGCCCUCGAUCGGGGUGACUACACUCCACGACAAAUGCGCAUCAUCUUUCUACGCGGCGCGUGGAAAGACCAGCUGGAGAUUGACGACGAUAUGAGGAGCGCAGGCAGGGCGUGGGAGGAGAAGAUUGACAACUUCUUCAUCAAAGUGCGGGACAUCCAUUCUCAUCCUACGACCACUCACAGCAAUGGCGCCAAUGGAACGUCUACCCCUAGUUCCGAGCUGGACGCUCAGCUCGAGGAAGCAAAGGUGAAAUUCAACGAUGCUCUGCUCGACUCCUUCGAUACGCCGACUGCUAUGCGCAUCAUUUCAGACCUUAUCACAUCAUACAACUCGGCCGCAUACAUCCCGGACCAAACUUCUAUUGCCAUCGGCAAGUGGGUGACGGAAAUGCUGGUAAUGUUCGGCCUAGAUGCGAACUACAAGCAAGGAGAGAUUGGCUGGUCCGGAGUCGACAUACCAGAGCAGGCCAAAGCUUUCAUCUACCCCUUGUCUGAACUACGUGAUCGAGUCCGUAGUCAGGCCAUCGCCGGCGAGGUCGACAUCUUGUCCCUCGGUCGACUCGACGAGAAGGAUAACUUCUACCGCGACGAUCAGAAGUACGCUCGCGCACUGGCCAAUUUCCAGCGGAAACUUCACGAGCUGUACACAAAGAAUGCAGAAACCAAGGCGUAUCUUGAGGCUUGUGACGAAUUGCGGAACACAACAUUAUGGGAUCUGGGCAUCUACCUCGAAGAUCGCGAGAAGAAGCAUGCACUUGUGAGGCCAUUGUCAGCAAACCUGCGUGAGGAGAGGCAAGACAAGGAGAGAAAGGCUGCAGAGAAAGCUGCUGCGAAGGCAAAAGCACAGGCCGAGAAGGCAAAAGCUGAUGCGGAAAAGGCGGAGAAGGCGAAGAUUGACCCGGCGACCAUGUUUCAGCAAGGAGAGUAUGCUGGCAAGUACAAGGCAUACGAUGAAAGAGGAAUCCCGACACACGAGGCUGAUGGCAAGGAGGUCGCGAAGGCACAAACCAAGAAGCUCGCGAAGCUCUGGGAGGCUCAGAAGAAGCUGUUUGAGAAGGCACAAGCAUAGUGAUGGCGACAUGGCUGCAGUGCGUCCCAGUCUACGAAUCUGGCCAUGGAAUGAAUGCCCAACGAAAGUCACCGCAUCAUAUUGUGAUGAAGGUACGAUGAGUAAAUGCUACCCUACCUAGGUACCUAAGUAAAGCUAAGGUAGAUAUGAUUGGGAACACACUCGCAAUCUUUUUUGACUCGCCGCUCCCUAUCAGUACCUAUGUCCCAUUGAACAGAAAGGUAUAUCAAACCUAACCCUAACCCUAACCCUAACACUUUGGGAUUUGGGAUUGGGAUUGGGAUUUUUGUGUUAAAGUACCUACGAUGUGUUGGAUGUAUUGUAUACCUCUUAUACGAGAGUUUGCCGGUGAUUGCUGAAGAAGGAAG